AUGUCCAUCCUGCACCACACCGUCAUUCCUCGAGCAAGGCAAGUUGUGGAGCAGCGGCUCCCUGGCUUUCUUGUUGUCUCGCUCGGUGACCUUGCACGUCGGCUUACUUUCAACGACACUUCCCCUUUCUUGAAGUCCGUGACCAAGCAGCUCAAAGACCGGCGCCGCCGGAAGAGGGCCUUUGGCCGUGUCACAGACGUCGUGACCAAAGUCGUGGCCAGGGCUGUUUCCAAGGGCGGCUUCUGGGGUCUUCUAGUGGAUGGCCUGAGGGACCAUGAGCUGCCGACUUUCGAGGCUGCUGUGGGAUGUCGACUCAUGCUGUAUGCCCACCUCUCCUGUCCAAAGGACGUGAUGAUGGCGCGCCUUGGCUCACGACAAGAUCGGGAAGGAGAUGACCAGCUGGGGCUGGCAGAGAUGGACGAUGCUAGCCGUGUGCGGUCCUACUUAGAGCGGGCAGAUGAAGAGGCAAAAACUUUCAAAACCCAUGCAGAGAAAGAACCCAACACUCGAGUCUUCAUUGACCUUGACGCCACGCAGAAGAUCCAGGCCUUGGUAGACGACGUGGUCGACCGCCUAACUGCCUUUGCACAGUCACGCGGCGAGAAUUUGGGGGAUGCGCUGACAGCCGCAACACCCCUGGACUCCGUGGACUGGAACUUGCACAUGUCGGAGGUCGCCAGCCAGCUUGAUCAGCAGUUCCAUCCAGAUGGGAAGCCGCGGGAUCCAGCGACCACAGGUGGGCCACAGGGGGCCUACACGCAGCCCAGCGCAGGCCUGAAUCCGGCUGAGGUUACUUGCUCGGCUUGUCCCGUCCUCCAGUCUUUGGGUCUUCUCACGCAGGCUGCAGCACCGAGAGCCGACAAGCACAGGAUGGCUGUCUACUUUGCCCUGCGCUCAGCUUUACAUCUGAGGAAGUGGGUUCAGUGGAGGCACGGCACGGGUGGCGCCACUGUGGAUGCUGUUGGCAAGCUAUGCGAGUGCACAAAUACUCCCGGCUGCAAGAAGAAAGUCGUGCCGAAAAGGCCAAAAGACGACUUGAAGGCCAAGCUUCCCUUGAUUCUGCGGUAUCCGAAAACCUUCAACCUGUUCUGCAUCCUUAUCUAUUUCUUGGUCGGCUUUGCGGUGCUCCAGUGGCAGGAAGACUGGUCAUGGUCGACGGUCGUGUACGUCAUGGCGCAAAUUGUCACCACUAUCGGCUAUGGCGAUGUCACAGUUCACAACGGCGGGAAGAUCUUUAUGACCUUCUACGUGCUACUGGGGAUAUUGCUGGUGGCGGAUGCCAUCAACAACUUCUUUGAUACCGUGCUCGACAAGGCAGAGAGCGAGCUUGGGGAUGUGAUGAAGAGCAUCGAGUCGGCCAUGGCGGGGAAAAAAGCGAAGGACUACAAUCCGAGGCGCCAGGUGUGGGUGGACCUGAUCAUUGCCAUCGUGAGCUAUGUCAUUUUCGUGUUGAUCUGGGUCGCGUUCUUUGCCACCUAUGAACACUGCACAUGCGUGGUCGGAGGCGAACGCCUGGAUGGCUGCAAGGACGAUGACUGUGUAGCCACGGGCGGCCAUGAACUGACUGUUAUUGAUGCGUUUUACAUGGCUGUCAUAACAUUCUCCACAGUCGGCUUCGGCGACUUCACUCCAUCAACCCACCUUGGUCGGAUCUUGGGCUCCGCGUGGAUGAUCAUGGGAACGCUUGCGUUUGCAAACUUAGUUGGUGCGGUGUCCAAGCUGUUGCGCGGUAAACGGUCCGAGUACUUGAAGAAGUGCGCAAUGACACGAGAAGCGUUCAAGCUGGUUGAUGAGGAUGGCUCUGGUUCCAUCGACCGUGCUGAGUUUUUGCGCUACAUCCUGGUCAGAGAGGGCAAGGUUUCUCGCGAAACUCUGGAGCAGAUAGACAAGCUCUUUGACUCCCUCGACAGCGAUCGCAGUGGCAAGUUGAGCUUCGAUGAAAUCAACAGCAAGUUCGAAGAAGCUGACAAGCUAUGA